AUGCAAGACCACAUUUGCCCUAAUCUAUCUCUGCAUAUAGAGAGGGAGAAAGAGAGAGAGAGACCCUCUCUGGAGAGUGGAGACUUAGCGGAGCUGAGAGAGGAACAGCGAGUUUCGUUUGGACUCGGUUAUUCCGAGAUCAGAGAAGCUCUUUUUCUGAUACAAUACUACUUCCAAGUGGACGGCCACUAUGUCAAGAAUAAACUUAAGCUUGUUCUCCUCCCUUUUCUGCACCGGGGGCAUUGGACCAGAAUAACAGAGGCAGUUGCGGGAAGACUUUCCUAUGAACCUCCAACUAAUGACAUAAAUGCUCCAGACUUGUACAUCCCAGUCAUGGCCUUUGCCACAUACAUUGUUCUUGCUGGGAUCGCAUCGGGUCUUUCGGGAAAGUUUUGCCCAGAAGCAGUCAAUUGGCAAUUUGUAAAAGGCACAAUGGGCUGGCUCCUCCAAGUUAUGCUGCUGAAGGUGUCGCUGUUUUCACUUGGGGGUGGAGAGGCGCCACUGCUCGACACAAUCGCAUAUGCCGGCUAUACAUUCACAGGGAUGUGUCUUGCUGUGCUGGGGAGAAUCACUUUGAACCACACAUGUUAUUUGAUAAUCGUAUGGACUUGCCUCUGCGCGGGCAUCUUCCUUGUGAAGACCUUGAAGCCAACUUUGUACACUCAUGAGCUCAGGAGUUAUUCCAGCUAGUAACACUAUCUCUUGCUUGGCAUUGCAUUUGCUCAGUUCCCACUCAUAUGCUGGCUCAGCAACACCACUGGGAAUUCCUUUUUCUGA